AUGUCGUACGACGUGAUUUGCAGCUACAUAUGUCAUCUGCUCGCGCGCCUGAAGAACUCGCAUCCUGACACGGUGCGCCUGGUGAGCGACAUGAAGAUGUUAUUACCGAAGAUGCACAUGCACGGGCACAGGGAGCUCUGUCAGAUUGUAUAUGCGUUCUGCUACUCGCAGGGGUUUGGAUUUGCUCAUGGAGAAGGGGUGGAGACGCCUUGGGCCGAACUGAAUAUUGCGGGGCUGUCCACACGGGAGAUGACCGCAGGUGCUCGUCAUGACGCGCUCAAUGCGCUACUGAACUACUGGAACUGGCGCAAGACGAAGGGCAUGGGUAUGUUGCAGCCGCUGUAA